AUGUCCGUUCUGCACGACGGAGACGGCCUGCCGGUGGCUGAUGCACCUGCACCUGCAUCACCACCAUUUGGCGCUGCUACAAUGUCAUUGGCGGUCUCAUCAGGGGAGCCCAUGCGCAGACGCGAUCUGCAGGUUGUGAGAUACAUACAUAGUAGCAUGGCACGAGGCAGGCUGCGCUCUUUCGCCGCUUACAUACUCAUGCACAGGGGGCGGGCAGAGCCUUGGCCUUUUGCGGACGAGUACGGAAAUGAUCGACAGUGUCGGAGUUUUCCGUCCAGUGCAGCCUAUACUCGGUACUUUCGCACAGCAGCAAUUCUGCUGGGAAAUGAGCCCAUGGCCGUGGAGAAAGACGAGGAGACGAGGGCCAAGGAGAAGAUGGAGAGAUGA